CUGAUAUUGAGAUCGAACUAUAAGAUGGGACAGUGUUAAAAUAUCAUUAUCUGAUGCAGAAAUUCACUGAAACAUUCUGAAGAAACAUCUAUAAAAUGAGAAUAUUCAAAAUCAUAGAAUCGAGAAAUUGAUAUGAAGCCAUAGAAGAGAUAUUGCUUCGCAAUCGUGUUGUGAAAUAUAAUGUGCUAUUAGGAUUAUUAGAUUGUAUUCUGCUGACAUGGAAAAUGUGUAACAACAGACUUGAUUACAAGCGAAACCAUCCCCUAGAAAGAGGAAACGAGAUCCAUAUUCCUCGAAAGGAUAGGAAACUGACAAAUAUGUCCGAACUAGUGAAGAAUAGUCAUUAGACGAUGCAAGUACUUACUGUCAAUGUUAAAGGUAGAAGCGCUGAUUUUUAAGUGACAAGUUUUCUAGAUUCUCAAAGAAUAGAUUUUAAUCCAUGUUCAAAAACAUCUAUAUCAUUGUACAGGUAUUUAAGUGAAGGCAACCACUGUCGCAUUUACAGAUACAUGUGAUUUGUCCCGUGUAGUGCUCUACGGGCGAUCGUGGGGUCGUGGGUAUGAGUUACGUGCAGUACAUCUGGAUCCUGCUCUCCAUCCUCGUGUCCGUCACCUGCUCCUUUUGCUUCCUGCAGCCCGAGUGGAUCGUGCGACCUGGUCUCUCUAAUACGUUCGGUAUGUACUCGUUUUGCGUGCGUGGACGGGACGCCAUGGCUGUGGGUGGUGCGGCGCGGCUAUGUGGCUUUUACGGUGGGGAGUUUGGGUUCGGUAACAUCCCCUCGAGCACAUGGCAGGCGGCGUGUCUGCUCUAUGGCGGCGGAUGUCUCUUCACGUGCUUCGGUGCCCUUUGCUCCAUGGCGACCAUGUGUGUACGCUCGAGCAUGGAUAAGACAUUGGUGUUGAGCACGAGAUACCUACAGAUCUCUUCCGUGUUUCUGAUGACGUCCGGCCUUGUUGUAUACCCACUUGGGUUUGAAUCCCGCUACUUCCGGUAUUACUGUGGAUCAGAAGCGGAUAUAUACAAUGUUGGUGCAUGCGCAGUUGGAUGGACUUACGUGUUGGCAAUAGUUGGCUGUGCAGUGUCGAUGUUUUGUCCCGUUCUCUCGUAUUUUAGUCAAAAUGAAAACUUCGAUACUGACUCUUUUGAAUAUAAAUUGUGAUUCUAACUAAACUAGGAAACUCUUGUUUAAAUUAUAGCACUGUUCACGCGUUAUUUGUAGCCCUGGUGAUUGUUUAUGUUUUAUUGAUGGCAUUUAGUAUGCGGU